CGAAACAUAGUCCUUCGAACUAAAACGCCAUUAGUGACAAAUCGCGCGAGUUCGAGAUCCUCAGGCAGCAGAAGAAGUGGCUUUCUCUCUUUGUCCCAAGGCGUGACAAUAUGGAUCGCCGCUGGUACAAUGGCAGACAAGAGACGGGCAUCAGAGACAAACAGCACUACGACAAGGAGCAGGCAUAUGAGGAAUCACUUAUUGAAGAUUUGGCUGAGGAAUUUCGCUUACCGAGCAACCACAGGCCAACCGAAAAUGUAGACCUGGAUAAUGUGGAACAAGCAUCAUUAGAUAAACAGUUGAAUUCAUCUAAUGUCGGAUAUAGGCUUCUGCAGAAAAUGGGGUGGAAAGGAAAAGGUCUUGGGAAGGACGAGCAAGGGAUAAUUGAACCAAUAAGAUCUGGGAUUAGAGAUGCAAAAUUAGGGGUUGGAAAGCAAGAAGAAGAUGACUAUUUUACUUCAGAAGAAAAUAUUCAGCGAAGAAAACUUGAUGUUGAGGUAGAAGAGACCAAGGAACAUGCGAAGAAGCGGGAGGUCUUAGCAGAACGUGAGCAGAAAAUUCAAAGUGAGGUGAAAGAGAUACACAAGGUGUUUUAUUGUGACCUCUGCAACAAACAGUACAAGUUAGCAAUGGAAUUUGAAGCGCACCUUAGCUCAUACGAUCACAACCACAGAAAGCGUUUUAAAGAAAUGAGAGAAAUGCAUGGUGCAAGCAGUCGAGAUGAUCGCCAGAAACGAGAACAGCAACGUCAAGAGAGAGAGAUGGCUAAGUUUGCUCAAAUGGCCGAUGCCCGCAAGCAGCAGCAGCUGCAACAGCAACAAGAGGAAUCUAGUUCUGCUCCAGUUUCGGCUGAAGCAAGAAGUGCAUCUGUACUUGGAGAUCAGGAUCAAAGGAAGGCUUUAAAGUUCGGGUUUUCUUCGAAAAGUAGCACUUCCAAGAUAUCAUUUGGUAGUGCUGCAAAGAAGCCGAAAAAAGCUGUUGCCUCGGUUUUUGGCAAUGAUAGUGAUGAAGAAAAGUAGAAGAUAGGAGAGUCCCUUUGCAAUUGGGUGUUCCUUUUAUGCCCUUAUAGUCAAACUGGCCUGUAUUUUACGUUUUCCUUGGUGUAUUUGUACUGUGCAUCAUUUGCAGUUUUUGCACUUGAACCAAAGUAUUGGAGUACAAGUACUUUUAUUUGGAAGCAAGGGUGUUUUUGAAACGGCUUUAAUUCGUCUUUUGCAA